AUGCAGCCCGUCCAGAUCAUGGCCAUCUGCCUCACGGCCCUGGCCGGCUCGGCCUUUGCCUGCACCGAUGGCACCUACCAGUGCUACAACCCGGAUAGCGGGACCGCUACUGUUCAGGUUUGCGAGGUGGGAAAGUGGGUGCUGGCUGCGUACUGCGGCACCGGCCAGAAGUGUGUCGUUGAUUCUGUUGGGGGGUAUACUUGCCUGUAG